CAGUGAGAACGCUGGAUGGCAGGAAACCAAAGAGGCUUGCCAGCACAGCAGAAUGGAGUACGCCACUGUUGUUAUUCAGCCACACGGAAAAAUCUUAAUAUCGAUAAAAAUACAAAGGUUAUUUGCCAAGGUUUUACUGGUAAACAGGGCACCUUUCAUAGCCAGCAGGCAUUAGAAUAUGGCACCAACCUAGUAGGUGGAGUUUCUCCAGGGAAGGGAGGCAAAACUCAUCUGGGCCUGCCAGUCUUUAACUCCGUUAAAGAGGCGAAAGAACAAACAGGUGCCACCGCCUCGGUUAUAUAUGUGCCUCCUCCAUUUGCUGCUGCUGCAAUUAACGAAGCUCUUGAUGCAGAAAUGCCCUUAGUUGUGUGCAUUACAGAAGGUAUUCCGCAGCAGGAUAUGGUUCGGGUUAAACACAGACUGAUCCGUCAAGAUAAGACUCGACUAGUGGGCCCAAAUUGUCCUGGAGUCAUCCAUCCUGGAGAAUGCAAAAUUGGUAUCAUGCCAGGCCACAUUCACAAGAAAGGAAGAAUUGGUAUUGUAUCAAGGUCUGGCACCCUGACAUACGAAGCUGUUCAUCAGACGACGCAAGUUGGAUUGGGGCAGUCCUUCUGUGUUGGGAUUGGAGGAGAUCCUUUCAAUGGAACUAAUUUUAUUGACUGUCUUGAUGUCUUCUUGAAGGAUCCCCAAACAGAGGGGAUAAUAUUGAUUGGUGAAAUUGGAGGCAAUGAUGAAGAAAAUGCAGCAGCCUUCUUGAAGGAAAAUAAUUCUGGUCCAAAUGCCAAGCCAGUAGUGUCAUUCAUAGCUGGUCUGACAGCUCCUCCUGGCAGAAGAAUGGGUCAUGCUGGGGCAAUCAUUGCUGGAGGGAAAGGUGGUGCUAAAGAGAAAAUAGCUGCUCUUCAAAAUGCUGGUGUUGUUGUCAGUAUGUCUCCUGCUCAGCUGGGUAGCACUAUGCAAAAGGAGUUUGAGAAGAGGAAACUGCUGUAAAACUGCUGGAACAUUGUCACAGAAAUGUCAAGACAGCACCUUGCCUCUAUCUGUCAUACACUAAACUCCAGCUGCCUGAAUGUGACUGACACUUGGUUUUGAAUUUGACUUUAAAGCCACAAUGUCUGUCCUAGAAGUGGUCACCUGUUUGUAAUUAAUAAAUUUACCACUAAAUUUGAUUUUUGAAUUCCUGAAGCUCAGUGACUUUUUUUUCCUCCUUGCAAGACAGCAUUUUAUUUUUUAAAGUAAAUUUUAAAAAUGAGAAACCAGCAGAACCCUAUCUGGAAGCAAUUGAGAGCAUUUUUAUAGCUUCUGCUUUACAUACAUGUUGCACUCGGAGUUAAUGUAGCUUGUACAAAGAUGCAUUGAGUGGAGUAAGAUAUACCCGCUUUGCAAGCGUGCACAUUUUGAAAACAAAGUAGUCUUACUUGCUGAUUACUGACUAGUGAAUAGUUUCUGAGCUAAGGCAAAAGUUAAUGCCAUCCACUGAAUUACUGCUGUUGGAUCCACAGGGUGUAUUCUGCUCAUCCUUGCACCUAGAAAUGUUAGUAUCCGUCCAAAGGUACUGAUCAAAGCUGAUAGCCCCACAUUAGUGAGGGUUUUUUUUUAUUUUGUGUAAUUGCUGGGGGAAGCCUCAGAGCCUUUGUCUUCCUUUUUAAUGACAAGGAUUUCACUUGAAACAAUUGUCCAGAGUGGCACAAUGCCCCAUAAAUGCUUUAAUUGAUAUUUCAGAGUUAUAUUUAUGUUCAUAAGAGUUUAAAUCAUAGUUUCCCAUAAAUACAUUCAUACUGUAACUUGGAAAUUGAGUCUGUUUUCUGCUUAUUACCUUAACUUUUCCUCUUUUAUUCUUUGACAGAUGGUCCUUUGCUUUGAAUGUUUUGCUAUAUUGAUGACAGUAGGACUUGAUGCAGUAAAAAAAAUCUGAAAACAAACCUGGCGGGGUUAUAUUUCUUGUAAAUGAUUAACAAGUGCUACAUGUGAACAUCCUAUUGAACUGUAGGACUAGAGCAAAUGGAGUGCCUGUAAAAGAUUACAAAUUAUAAGAAAAGACUGAAUUUAGGAUUGUUUUCAUUAUAAACAAAUAAAAUCAGCUAGGGAAA